AUGGCGUCACAAAUUCCCCAAAAGUUGAAGACCGCGGACUUAACUCGAUUUAUUAUCAAGGCGGCACAGCUAGAAAAUGCGAAGCCGGUUAUAUCAUAUUGGUGUGAAUACUGGAUCGUUAACCAGAUCCUGUCGAAAGGACUACAUACUGGAGAUGCAGAGACACUACAAUAUACUACUACUUUGAUGGAAAAACUUGAGAGGAUAAAAUCCGAGAGCCCAGAUAACGAUGCAAUUAUGGAUGAUACUGCAGGUCAAGCAUAUUGCGAACAAUUUGGUAUGGAAAUAUUCUCAAGGGCAGAUCGAGCUGUCGAGGCAAACAAAGUCACAAAACAAACUGCGGAAACUUUUCAAGCCGCAGCGACCUUCCUGGAACUAUUGAAUAUUUGGUCACCACCGGAUGUCGAAACUCAAGCAAAGAUCAAGUAUGCAAAAUGGAACGCAGUUCGUAUCGUUAAAGCAUUGAAAGAAGGAAAAGAUCCCAAUGAAUCUAAUCCCAAACCACAACCAACUCCCAAGGAUGAAUUACCGUCAUUAGAUCCAAAUGAUCCCGAGGUACAGUUGUUGGGGGAACAGAAAGCACAGCAAGCUUCUGUGGAAGAUGUCACCGAUGAGCAAGAUCAAUUGGAAGUAAAGUUAGCAAGGCAAUCAUCAUUAGAUCGAUCUUUACACCCCUCUAAACAAGUAUCUGCUCAAGGAUCUCCAAACAAUGAAUCGGCUCCAUUCGAACCAUAUCCUCGAGAUGGUUUUCCAUAUAAUGCAGCCCAAGACGAUAAUGUAUCCCCUCUCGAGCCAUCUCCGAAAGAUAGGAAUGGAUCUAUAGGAGGAGGAUAUUUUCCAGAAGUUCCAACCUUUACAUCUGAACCUCGAGAUGCAACUUUACCAACAGCUCCCGCUCCAGAUACCACGUUCGAUCUUGAUCUACCGGAUACAUCUUCUCUUGCCGCACCUGGAAUUUCUCCCGGAACAUCUCCCGGAAUGAAGCCAUCUCCAGAUUUCCAAUCAUUUCCGCCCCCAACUUUACCCGGAGAACAACCGUCAGCUACUGCACCUCAAGACUUUUAUCGUCAACCUCCACCAUCGGACCAUGGAAAUCUACAUGUACCACCUACCAACCAGACCUAUCAACCUGGACCUCCCCCAUCAAACAAUUUUACAGCACCAAUAGUCCCACCAGUCACACAAGCUCGCAGUCAGUUAAAUACGGACGAUGAAGCAAUUGCUAAAGCACAAAAACAUGCAAGAUGGGCGAUUUCAGCCUUGAAUUUUGAGGAUGCUGAAACGGCAGUAAAGGAGUUAAGGGCAGCACUACAAACUUUGGGUGCGCAAUGA